CCCCUCCCCCCACCCCGGGGUCUCCCCGCCUCCCUCCGCGCCAUGUCUCGGGGUGGCUGCUGCCCACACCUGCUGUGGGACGUGAGGAAGCGGUCCUUGGGGCUGGAGGACCCGUCCCGCCUGCGGAGCCGCUACCUGGGAAGAAGAGAAUUCAUCCAAAGAUUAAAACUUGAAGCAACACUGAAUGUGCAUGAUGGCUGUGUGAAUACAAUCUGUUGGAAUGACACUGGAGAAUAUAUUUUAUCUGGUUCAGAUGACACUAAUCUAGUAAUCAGUAAUCCCUACAGCCGAAAAGUCUUGACAACAAUUCGCUCAGGACACAGGGCAAAUAUAUUUAGUGCAAAAUUCUUACCCUGCACCAACGACAAACAGAUUGUAUCCUGUUCUGGAGAUGGAGUAAUUUUUUAUACUAAUGUUGAUCAAGAUGCAGAGACUAACAGACAAUGCCAAUUCACGUGCCAUUAUGGAACUACCUAUGAGAUUAUGACAGUACCAAAUGAUCCCUAUACUUUCCUUUCUUGUGGUGAAGAUGGGACUGUUAGGUGGUUUGAUACCCGCAUCAAGACAAGUUGUACGAAAGAAGAUUGCAAAGACGAUAUCUUAAUUAACUGCCGGCGUGCUGCUACUUCUGUAGCUAUUUGUCCCCCAAUACCAUAUUAUCUUGCUGUUGGCUGUUCUGAUAGCUCUGUACGAAUAUAUGAUCGGCGAAUGCUUGGCACAAGAGCCACAGGGAAUUAUGCAGGUCGUGGGACUACAGGAAUGGUGGCUCGUUUUGUUCCUCCUCAUCUUAAUAACAAAUCUUGUCGAGUUACGUCUCUGUGUUACAGUGAAGAUGGUCAGGAAAUUCUUGUUAGUUAUUCUUCAGAUUACAUCUAUCUCUUUGACCCUAAAGAUGACACAGCACGAGAACUUAAAACCCCUUCUUCUGAGGAGAGGAGAGAAGAGUUACGACAGCCUCCAGUUAAACGUUUGAGACUUCGUGGUGACUGGUCAGAUACUGGACCGAGAGCUCGGCCUGAGAGUGAGCGAGAGCGAGAUGGAGAGCAAAGCCCUAAUGUAUCAUUGAUGCAGAGGAUGUCUGAUAUGUUAUCAAGAUGGUUUGAAGAAGCUAGCGAAGUUGCUCAAAGCAACAGAGGACGGGGACGAUCUCGCUCUAGAGGAGGGACAAAUCAGUCGGAUGUUUCUACUGUUCCUACUGGCCAGUCAAGUGCUGAAUUAGAAAUGGGUGAGGCUGCAAUGGAAGUGGACGCUCCUGCAGAGCAGUUUCUUCAGUCAUCUUCGUCUUCUACCGUGUCAGCUCAGGCUCCAUCGACAUCAUCUUCCACAGAAAGCCCUCGUUCAACAUCUUUGCUUUCCUCUCCAGACACUGAACAGAGACUGUCCUUAGAAGCUUCUGGGCACCAUACACAUCAUCAGUCUGAUUCUCCUUCUUCUGUGGUUAACAAACAGCUCGGAUCCAUGUCCCUUGAUGAGCAACAGGAUAACAGUAGUGAAAAGCUGAGCCCAAGACCAGGGGCAGGUGAGCCAGUUUUAAGUUUACACUACAGCACAGAAGGAACAACCACAAGCACAAUAAAACUGGACUUCACAGAUGAGUGGAGCAGCACCGCCUCAAGUUCUAGAGGAAGUGGGAGCCACAGCAAGCCUGAGGAACAGGACGCAUCUCGGGGCCUUCCGAGCCCUUCACAGCCACAGCCACAACUGCAGCCUCCAGGCAGGGAAGCCACAGCUCCUGAAGAGUCAACAGAGGAGACCACAAAGACUCAGGAGUGCAGGUACUCAGAAGAAACAGUUCAGAGUCCCACAGAGACAGAUACAGUCUCUGAGCCUCUGGGAUGCCACUCAGAAGAAAAGAAUGACCCCAACCUUGGCAACUCUUGCAAAGUUCCAGAAGAAUCUUCUCCAGAGGAAAAAUGUCAGGAGCAGGACCCUUCAGAGCAGCCUAGCCUGGAGGGAGCUGCCCAUGCAGAGGGCACACAUGAUGAGCCUCAGGCCCAGGCUGAACCCACAGGGCCGCUUAUUCAUGAAGAAACUUUGACUCGGGGCUCCACUUUCCAAGAAACUGAUGACAGUGACGAUGAACCGGUCCUAAUCCCAGGUGCAAGAUAUCGAACAGGACCAGGGCAUAGACGAUCCGCCGUUGCCCGAAUUCAGGAACUCUUCAGGCGGAGAAAAGAGAGGAAAGAGAUGGAAGAGCUGGACACUCUGAACAUUAGGAGGCCCCUAGUAAAGAUGGUGUACAAGGGUCAUCGCAACUCCAGGACGAUGAUAAAAGAAGCCAACUUCUGGGGCACUAAUUUUGUAAUGAGUGGCUCCGAUUGUGGCCACAUCUUCAUUUGGGAUCGCCAUACUGCUGAGCAUUUGAUGCUUUUGGAAGCUGAUAAUCAUGUUGUGAACUGCCUACAGCCACAUCCAUUUGACCCAAUUCUGGCUUCAUCUGGCAUAGAUUAUGACAUAAAGAUUUGGUCACCCCUUGAAGAGUCCAAGAUUUUCAACCGAAAACUUGCUGAUGAAGUUAUAACUCGGAAUGAAUUAAUGCUGGAGGAGACUAGAAACACUAUUACUGUCCCAGCUUCUUUCAUGUUACGAAUGCUGGCUUCCUUGAAUCAUAUCCGAGCUGACCGUUUAGAAGGUGACCGAUCAGAAGGCUCCGGUCAGGAGAAUGAAAAUGAAGACGAAGAAUAAUCAGCUUUACUCAGCAAGCACUUAUCUAGAUGUUCUGAAAUUUGUAUACAACAUUUAUUAUAUUUUUCCUUACAGAGCUUUAGCACAAUAUUAAGGGUUUUUUUUUAUAACAUAACAUUUAUUUGGAACGAUUGUGUGCAUGAAUUUGGGAGAGUGUGCAAGAAAAAUUAGCAAAAUGUUUUUAAAACCUUUUGCCACAUAUGAGGGGUGCUAGAAGACACGGAGUGCAAUAUUUUCCCUAACCUGCAGACGAGGGAGCUUGGAUCAAUGUUCAAAAAUAAUUUUCAUUAUAGUGAAAAUAUUGGUUCAAAUAAAUUUCUAUACCUGCUA